AGGAAAUCAAGCUGCAGUCCUUUUCACUUUCAGGGGGGAGACAAAGAAAAAACUAGCCGCCUAAGCGUUUUGACAAGUUUGCCGCUGAAAAACAAAGCGUGUAGCUAGAAAACACAGCCAGCUCUGUUGCAACGAGAGGGCGUUUGAUUGGCGCCGUUGUUCUGAUGGGAAAAAGUUUUUUCCUUUGCUCGUUAAUUGGUCUGCAUUACUAACUUUUUUUGACUCAAUUGUGAACCGGACGGAAGGGAAAGAUGCCGAAGACGAUCAGUGUCAGAGUCACCACAAUGGAUGCUGAACUGGAGUUCGCCAUUCAGCCCAAUACAACAGGGAAGCAACUCUUUGACCAGGUUGUUAAGACAAUUGGACUGCGGGAGGUGUGGUACUUUGGACUCCAGUACCAGGAUACAAAGGGUUUCUCUACAUGGCUCAAGCUCAAUAAGAAGGUAACAGCCCAGGAUGUGAGGAAGGAGAGCCCACUGCUGUUCAAGUUUCGUGCCAAGUUCUUCCCUGAGGAUGUUUCAGAGGAGCUGAUCCAGGAGGCCACGCAGCGGCUGUUCUUCCUGCAGGUGAAGGAGGGCAUCUUGAACGAUGACAUCUACUGCCCUCCAGAGACAGCAGUCCUCCUGGCCUCCUACGCGGUGCAGGCCAAGUAUGCUGACUACAACAAGGAUGUCCACUCACCAGGCUACUUGUCCAGUGACAAGCUGCUGCCUCAGAGAGUGCUGGACCAGCACAAACUCAACAAGGAGCAGUGGGAGGAGAGGAUUCAAGUGUGGCACGAAGAACACAAGGGCAUGCUGAGAGAGGAAUCCAUGAUGGAGUAUUUGAAAAUUGCUCAAGAUCUUGAGAUGUAUGGAGUCAAUUACUUCAGCAUAAAGAAUAAGAAAGGAUCAGAGCUUUGGUUGGGAGUGGACGCCUUGGGACUCAACAUUUAUGAACAGAACGACAAAAUGACACCCAAAAUUGGAUUUCCAUGGAGUGAAAUAAGGAACAUCUCCUUCAAUGACAAGAAAUUUGUGAUAAAACCAAUUGACAAGAAAGCACCCGACUUUGUAUUCUAUGCCCCGCGACUUCGCAUCAACAAGCGUAUCCUGGCACUAUGCAUGGGGAACCAUGAGCUGUAUAUGCGCCGCCGCAAACCUGACACCAUCGAGGUACAGCAGAUGAAGGCUCAGGCUCGGGAGGAGAAGAAUCACAAGAAGAUGGAAAGGGCUUUGCUGGAGAAUGAAAAGAGGAAAAGAGAGCUUGCAGAGAAAGAAAAGGAGAAAAUUGAAAAGGAAAAGGAGGAAUUGAUGGAGCGGUUAAAACAGAUUGAGGAGCAGACAAAGAAAGCCCAACAAGAGCUGGAGGAGCAAACCCAGAAGGCCCUGGAGCUGGAACAGGAGAGGAAACGUGCUCAGGAGGAGGCUGAACGUCUGGAGAGCGAGCUCAAGGGUGCUGAGGACGCCAAGACGGCGCUGCUGCAGCAGUCUGAGAACCAGAUGAAGAACCAAGAGCACUUGGCCACAGAGCUGGCUGACCUGACCUCAAAGAUUUCUCUGCUGGAGGACGCCAAGAAGAAGAAGGAAGAUGAGGCAGUGCAGUGGCAACAAAAGGCUGUCAUGGUGCAGGAGGACCUGGAGAAGACCAAAGACCAGCUCAAAAACAAAAUGAUGGCGGCUCACGCACAGGAGCCUGUGAAUGCAGAGAAUGAGCAUGACGAGAACGACGAGAGCAGCGCGGAGGCGAGCGCUGAGCUCACAGCUGCUGCAGCGUACAAGGACCGCAGCGAGGAAGAGCGCAUGACCGAGGCUGAGAAGAACGAACGUGUGCAGAAACAUCUACUUGCUUUAAGCUCCGAGUUGGCCAACGCUCGGGACGAGUCCAAGAAAACCGUCAACGACAUCAUCCACGCAGAAAAUGUGCGAGCAGGACGGGACAAGUACAAGACCCUUAGACAGAUCCGGUCAGGCAACACCAAACAGCGCAUUGAUGAGUUUGAAUGUAUGUGAUGUGUCCACUCACACCAAGGCCGCUCCGCCUAGACUGCAGUCCUGCCUCACUCGAGCUAUGUGCUUUCUACCCAAAUAAGUCAGAUCCACAAAAUGAGAAGUACAGCUCAAUGUACAGGUAUGGAUCUGGGAAAUUCCACAUUUAAUCAUUCCUAAUUAUAAAUUUAGAUGAGUCACUGGUUGAAAAGGGACAUAAGUGAUAUUAGUAAUAUUUUCCUGAUAAGAUGUUAGCGUAGCAUAUUGUUAAAAGGCUCAUGCCACAUUUCCUGGCCCAUGAAAAAAGCAUUUAAAACUUCAUUCCACAUUUAUGUCACAUUUAUGUAACAUGACAUCAUACAGAAUGUCAAAAUAAGAGGCUCUGGACCAAUCCACUUUCACUUUUAAAAAUGUGCCUGUAGCAAGGUUUCUGCUGUACAUAUUCAAACAUGACGGCCCUUCACAGCACAAGGCUGUUUUUUCAAAGAAAAUAAUAUUUCUGCGAUGUGUUUAGUUUCAAACCAAAUUCAUUGUAAUCUGUACAAGGAAAUGACUCUGAAGUGUGUGUGUGUGUGUGUGUGUGCAGCGUUUAAUGCAGCGUUCUCUCUCCUUUGACUGUAAUCCAAAUCUCACAAUUGUCACAAAUCAUCUAUUACCCAACUCACAAGAGAUAUUAAAGAUCAAUUUAAUUUAGAAAAUCUUUUUGUCUGUUCUUGCAUGCCUAAAGAUCUAUAAAUCAGUUUGCAUUGACAACGCCUCACUCUUUCUCAGAUCACACUUUGGUGCUACCUCUCACACCGAAAUGAAUUCCAGUUAAAAUGUAAGCACAUAUAUCCUUUUUUUUUCUGAAGAGGUUGUAGACCAAAUCAACUUGGUAGCGUGACCAAGGAAAACAUAAUCAUCAUCUAUACAAUCAUGUAUACAAACAAGCUUCCCCUCAUGCUAAUUAGUUCUAGUAAAAAAAUAAAACAUAGGCUGCAUCUUGCUAUUUCAUUUUUUCUUUUCAAGUGACCACUGCAACUUUAUUGGCUGGCUAGAGAUUUUAUACCCAAGAGCCUGUUAAAGGCAGACUGCACUGACGACGAUCCUGAUAUAUGUAAUAAUCUGAAUAAUCACAAUGUAAUACUCUGAAUGAGAGAGCUGUUACUGUUAUCUUGGCAACAAAAUUAUUUCCUCAGACAAUUAAAUAGUGAUUUACUUUUCAAGUACAGAUUCAUUCUAAAUGGGUGUUGAUUUUUGUUAGGAGGUAUUUAUUGUAAUUGAAAAUAACUGAUCUCACUCAAUAAUUGGGCUUAGCUCAAAAACAGUUUUGAAUUUAAGUAAUUUUGCAAUUUAUACACAUUUUCCCAGCGUUAUUCACUAAUCUUCAGUUUUCAUACGUGUAAUGGUCUAUAUAAACUAUCAGCUGGCUUCAUGGCCUCUGUGCUUCAAAAGACACACUCGCACAUACUGCAUACAAACACACACACACACACACACACACACACAAGGAUUACAUUAUUUUUUCGCCUCCUCCUCACUACAAGAGAUUUUGUACAGAUGAUUACCAUCAGUUGUUUUAAAAUGAAGUAUGUCUGUUGGAUAUUAUAGUCAGUGGCCUUAAACUGCUGCUUUUAGGGGGUGGGGAUCAUUUUCAUGCCUCUAACUGUGUCGUGUCUGCUGAGGGGUGGAAGGGAAGUAGUACAGUAAUGAGGUAGUAAUAUUACUUCAUCGUUCCCACAGGGGGAAGUUAGUUUGCCAGCGCCAUCAGUGACACAAUACACAAAGGACACAAAAGAAAGCACAAUGCGAACACUUCUCAUCCAGAAAGAGCACAAUACACCAGUAACGUCAAACAAAAGACAGUGCCUUGAACCUUUGGAGACAUUUUGAGAAGUUCAGACUGAUUGCCAACACACUACCCGCACAUGAAAUUGUCAGAUAUUUUGGGGACGAUGCACCUUAUUUUGAGAUCUUUUACUUGACGUUGUUACAUAAAUGUGGCAUUGUGCUGAAGCUACUACUGUAUAGUUCAUGUAAAUUCUUCACUUGAUGGAAAAAAACAUGAGCCUGUCAAUGGAUGUGCAAUUUUGUUGGCAUCAUAACAGUUAAAAAAAAAUCCUCCUUAAAAUGGAAACCUUGUGUUUUACACCCAGGAUCCUGGACAGUUAAUUGACGUUUUAUGUCCGUUCACAUUUCUGUCAUUCUGUAAACACAGUGGUAUCAUUAAUACAUUUUCCAGGGAUACAAGAGGAAGUUAUUCAUAUAAUCUUUCAGCUCCUCUAUAAUAUUAAGCUUAUUUGGCUGUAUAUGAUCAAACAAACAAUCUGACGCCACAUGUUCAUCAUCCUGACCGUUCAUGAUUGCGGCUGUCGCAGUUGAAAAAGAAAAUGUCUGUUGAGGGCACCACAAAACUAAAAUCGGGUUAGCAUAAUUUAAGUUUAAUCUUUAUCUAUUUAGUUUGGAUUAUAAGUGAGGAAUGCUGUUUGAUAUUAUGUAAUCAAAUAUAAAAUGUUUGUGCACUGAUGUAGCCCAUGCAGCGAAGAUCUUUUCAAGCAAUCUGACCCAGGACAAGGAGUGAAACUGUAACAGGCAGUCACAUUUUGAGGUGUAGUUAACUCUUAUGAAAGUGAUCUGGAAAGCUGAAAACUGCUUUCUGAACUUAAAUAUUCAAGAAUGUUCACCUUCACCGAGGAGGACAUCUUUUUGAGAUCAUGACAGUAUUUCAUGAAUAAAAUGACAUAGUUAUGUUAAAUAUGCGCAGAGAACCUCAGUUAACCUUUGCAGAAUUAGUCAAACUUGACUCCCUGCCCUGGACGGGUGGUAUCUCCAAUACACGUGUUUGAAUUAUGUUUCUAAUUACUUCUGUGUAUUUUGCAAUUUGGAUUUUUCAGGUGUCGUAUUUUUGUAUUUUGAAAAUAUAGAAAUACUUCUCAAAGAGUUUUUGUUUAGAGAGAAUACCAAUUUGAAAACGCAGGGUUGGGCCUUGAACAGUUCAGUGCUGUGAAAGCAGCCUGACGAGACACUUGGAUCAAGCAGCACCCAAAGGAGCCUGUAAAGUCUCUUAUAGGCCUCGUGAAACGCCUGCAGUCAGACUUGAGGGGUAAAUGCUGCAGGGUAUCCUGUUCAACAUAUAUCAUUUUCUUUCUAAUACCCAUAUAAUCCUUUGAUCGAGAGUGUGAAAUUCUGCAGCCACUGAAAACCUUAAAUCUACAGACUGAGAAUAAACUGCAUCCAGUCAAAAUUUUAUCUCAUAUUUUCAGAUUUUAUGCAGGCGUGAAGCAGUGAGAAGGAUGUUACUUGUUUGUGGAGUUUCAAAGAUUUAUUCACAGUAUUUUGCAAGUACAAAGUGAAUGUAUUUUAGUAAUAAUACAUUUCUUCCUGCGCAUAUUUUGUUCUUUAUUUUGAUAUUGAAGGACCAAGUGCCAAGAUACAUUUUCAUGUGUUUUUUUUUUUGUUUGUUUGUUUGUUUGUUUGUUGGUUGGUUAGUUUUUUGUCCAUUUCUGCUUACAGUACCUGUAUCUGCCAUUAAACAAACAUGCACAGUCACUGCUACUGUGGAUUACCUUUUUUAUACUGGUCUUUGAUUAGCUUUUUUUUAUACAUUAUGUACCAUCUGAAGUACUGUGAUUCAAAGGACAGCAUUGAUGAAUUUAGUGUAAUUUGAAAUUUUCAUUGAAACAUGUCAUUAUGUGUAAAAGACAAAUUUGUAAUUAGAUUGUAGGCACAUUUUUUUUGUAAAUUAUGUAUAAAUACCUGGAAUCCACUAGAAUAAAAACAUGAUUGCUGUUUUAAAUCAUACAGUAACAGGCAGUGCCUUAUCCUGGUUAAUCGUCAGACCUUCUGCUUCAAGUCUUCCUUUCAACAAUAAAAGAACGAGUGAACGGCA